ACCGAUCCUCUAUCGCUACAUCUUUUCUUGUUGGAGCCGAAGAGAUGGCGACCCUUAAGAAUAAAACUGUCGCCUGUUUUUACAUCUGGCAAAUUAAAGGAGAUGUUCUUUUUAAUAUCCGAAUGCGCUGAUCAUCUUAUACAAUAUACGGAAAAAGUCGCAAGUAAAAAUGGACUCAUUGAAUGUCGUGAGUUAAUGGCCAAAUAUACGACUGAUGUUAUCGGUAGCUGUGCCUUCGGUAUCGAGAUGAAUUCAAUGUCGGAUAAAGAUGGUGAAUUUCGUAAGAUGGGUAAAAAAUUUUUUGAACCUACCUGGUCAAAUGUCAUACGAGAAAGAAUGAGGGAAAUAGUACCAGGACUGUAUCACUUACUUGGUUACAUUCUGCCACAAUCAGAAAGCACCAAAUUCUUUACACGUGUUAUCAUGGAGAGCAUGGAAUACAGAGAUAUGAAUAACAUUACCAGGCACGAUUUCAUUGAUACGUUGCGUGAAUUAAAGAAAAAUUCAGAUCAAUUGGAUGAUAUCG